AUGGAUCCAUGUUAUUUCUACACCGGAAAAUUGACAAGAAAAUCAGAUGUUUACGCGUUUGGGGUUGUACUGUUCGAGGUGUUGUCAGGGAGAAAAGCGGUCGAUAUCAGUUUUGAUGAAGAGCAAUGGGGUUUAGCUGCUUGGGCUCAGCACCUAAUCAAAGAAGGAAAGAUUAAUAAUAUUAUUGACCCGAGAUUGAUUCGAGAAAUUUCAAGAAAAUGCUUGAAGGAAUUUGCAAGCGUAGCUGGUCGUUGUUUACACACCCUACCAAAACACCGCCCUACCAUGGCUGAGGUUGUGGUCAGGCUCGAGUCUAUUCUUUCACAAGAAAGAGAAAGCGCCAAUUCGGUUGUUGAUGAUGAAGGAUUCAUUUACAAGCUAAAAUCUCUUUUCAUUGGGAAAUUAGUUGUUGCUGCAAUUGGAAGCAAAUCUGAUUUCAUUGCGCAUCCUAAACCGAUAGUAGCUGAAAAUAAUGCUGCAAGACGAAAAAAUCCUUAUAGAAGUUUUAGAACUUUGUCAUAUACUGAAUUGGUAAGUGCAACAAAUGGUUUUGAGGACGAGGAUUUUAAUAACUCCAUUUUUAAAGGUUGGGUUGAUAAAAGGACAUAUAUGCCAAACAGAAGCAAAUCUGAUUUAGCUGCGCACCACAAACCAAUAUCAACUAAAGUUGAUGCUGCAAUAGGAAGCAAUAGUACUAAUCAAAGUUUUAGAACUUUCACAUAUACUGAAUUGGCAAUUGCAUCAAACAAUUUCAAGGACAAGGAAUAUUCCCCAACUUUAAUGGAUUUCAUCUGCAAAGGUUGGGUUGAUGAAAGGACGUAUGCACCAACAAUAAAAGGUGUCGGUUUAGCGAUGUAUGUUACAAAAAUGGAGAUUCCAACACAAAAGCUGGACAUCAAACUAGAAGAUUUCAAUCAUCCAAACCUUGUAAAAUUCUUGGGAUAUUGCUUGAAUAAGCACGAACUAUUUUGUGUUUACGAGGUCAUUUCAGCUGGCAUAACUUUGGAUAGAUAUCUUUACGGAGAGUCAGGUACUUCACUUUCUUGGGUUGCACGAUUAAAAAUAGCAAUAGGAGCUGCUGAAGGCCUGGCCUAUUUACAUAAAAGGAACCAGCCAGCGUAUAGCCAAUUUAAGACCAAUCUUAUAUUAGUGGAUAAGGAUUUUAAUGCUCGGCUUUCAGAUUUUGCUUUUGUUACUCACACCUUCCAAUUAGAUGCAUAUUGUUAUGCAGCCCCUGAGUCUUUUUGUCACCAAGUAGACACGUUUGAUGGUCUUCAUCCACUGCGGCUUCCUGAAGAUGGUUUUGCAAUUAAGAGUGAGAUCUAUGCUUUUGGAGUGGUACUGUUGGAAAUACUAACAGGGAUGAAGGUGUAUGAUAGGAGGAGGCCCCUUGGAAAGCAAAACCUGGUGGAAUGGGCUCUUCCAUUGCUAGCAGAUGAGGUUAAUUUGAGUAUGAUAAUGGACCCACGAGUUCAAAAUAUUGAUUUUCCUCCAAAGGAAGCAUUCAAGUUCACUCAACUUAUUUCAAACUGUCUUCAAGCAAAACAAGACAAACGCCCAUCAAUGGAAUACAUAAUGCAGGUCUUGCAGCAUUGCUAUCAAAACAGUCUGACUCUUAAAAGUCAAACUGAAUAG